AGAUGAGGGUUCCUACCAGUUCUGGCGUAUCGAGAGUGGUUGACUGCUCUCGAUAUGCAAACGACUUCAAUCAAGGCUGAUUGUGCUCAGGGAUCCAACAUGGACGAGGUUGAGCAGCGAGAAGCUGAAAGAUCCUUUGCACAUGGCCGAGCACAGCAUCCCAGUCCCCCUUCAUUAGUGAUCAUGCGACAGGCUGUCAAACGAGGCACAUGGCUGCCGGGACUGAAUGCUGUGCUGAACGGAAGCCCUUCUCAAUGUGACUGGUGCAUCUCACGCCUUGGCAAUAGCAGCUUCGUUCGUCGUCGUCGUCGGAGCAGCAGUCCACUGUCUAUGGAGGGGGGUAUCAGGUCCAGCAAGAUACAGCCGCGAGUUUUGGAGGGUGUAGGGUUAUUGAUUAUUGCUUGUUUCCAAAUGCUUUCUCAAUUCUUCAAGAGUUAUUGCUCUUCAAUUCUGAUGAUUGCUGUAUUCCUAUCCACUACAUCGGCUGAUAGUGGACUUCGAAGCUCUGAAUCUAGAUGUGAGCGCGGGGGGGUCCCCCAUGUUUCUAGCGUGGUUGGAAUGCACAGUCGAGGAAGAUUGUACCCCUCUAAUGAUCCAAGAACGAGCAGGCUGAAAGAGUUGAAUGUCGGUGACGACGCGAAUUGCAGCUCAUGGAAAGACAUCAGGAUGCAGUUCAACAGAGCGAUGGCGCAGCUGCAGAGCAACGCGCAUCAGCCCUCUGCUAAAGAAACAGCGAAAGAGCUCAACUGCUGGCUCAUGCACCUACUGUCACAACCCGACGCCAAUAUGAACUCGCACGAACGGAAGGCUUUGCUCCUAAACUUGAAAAGAAUCUCACAGCUGCAAAAAGAGAAUCUGCGACUGAAGCUCGAGCAUGCCACGAGGUCCGAAGCUCCUAUUGUCAACAGCGCGAGUCAAAAUUAUCCUGUUCGGAAGGAGCUCGCGCCUUCGCAGAGGACAGAUCGGUGUGUUGUGCAGACUGAGUUGUCAAAGCCCGGAGCCACAGUUCGCAGGAACAGCGCUGCUCAGAGCUACGCCUUUCAUCGGCCAGGCGCGCGGUCGUCGGCACCGCAGGGCUCUGUGGGUACAGCACCCUCUCCUUUCCCUCCAGGGCAGCAAGUUUCACGCAAUCAGAUCUGCAACAAGUUAGGGGCGUCUAAUGUCAUCUGUGAACAGCGAGAUGCCGGAGGUCAAAGUACUGGCACAAAUGGGGAGCUGGGUGCAGCUUUGCGGCAGCUGGAUCAGAUGCGAGAGCUGAACCGCCAGCUGGCACAUGAAGUGUCGGCACUUGUGAACGAAAACCUCCGCCUAAAGUCAGUGCUGCAUCAGGUUUCUCCUAUGGAGGUCGCGGCGGAGAGAGCGGUACCAGAUGUUGUGAAAGCAGCAGCAACCCUGCUCCACGACCGGAAUGGUCCUGUGCUACAGGGUGGAACGGAUCCACUCGAGAGGGGUUUAGUGAUGGCGUCGGCUGCACUGUUGAAGCGCACUGGCCUGCACGUCGGGGACAGAGUCCAACUCAAGAGGAACUUGUCAAGAGAUCGGCUGGGGACAAGCGUCAACUCUACUGGGGGGGCGUUUCUUGGUGUGCUGAUCGGGGAGGCUGGGGAGGAGGAUGCAACUGUUUACCUCCACAUGGAUGACAACCAGGUCCGCCAGUUCAGCUUGUCGGAGAUCGACCUCCCUCAACCGCCGGAGAGCACUACUCCAGCUGAGGGAGGGUCGGACGACCUGCUGGAUUGCAAGGUGACAGAAAGCAACUCAGAGGAGCAGAGCACGUUGCAAGGUCCGCCGCUCUAG